UCUCAGUUGGAGAAAGAGAGAGGUUACCAGCAAGUAGUGGAACAUUAGCAGCAACAGUUAAAGAAUAAAACUUACUGCUUAUUGAAAAAAUGGCACAAGCCUAUAGGAAAGUGCAUGUUCUGCUUCUUUUAGCAACGGCCAUGGCUAUCUCAAGUGGCAACUGUGUGAGGCACACUGAGGUUUUUGUGGCUAGUGGCUCGGUUGCAGUGUUGCCUUGUGUAAUGUCUUACCCAGUUAAACACUCUACUGCUGUCACCUGGAAAAGAAUUAUGGAAAAGAACAGUGAAGAACGGACGGUGUGGCGCCGGGACAAGAGUGGGCUUGAAUUUCGGCCAGUGGGUCAGGCACCACGUGUUAACAGUCCCUAUUCAAACUUUGGGAAUUCAGAGUUUAGUCUUCAUAUUGAAGGGACCAGGGAGGAGGAUGCAGGAAUGUAUCUCUGCGAGGUGGAUGGACAGGACAUCAAGAAAAUCAUGCUCUAUGUCAUCAAAGUGUCCUUCACUCCUGCUGUGGUAUUCGAGGGUGAUCAGCUGAUACUGAGCUGCACUGUCAGUCCACAGUCACAGAGAAUAAUACGAAAGUGGGAAUUAAAUGGCUCUCCAACUCCCAUUCAAAGAGCCAUGCCAACAUACACAAUCAGUAAAGUGUCGCAAAAGGAUGCAGGAACUUGGAGUUGCCUGAUUGUGCAACAAGAAAGAAACGUAAACGCAUCCAUAUCAGUGCAAGUCAAAGGUAUACUGUUCCCUAGAGACACCUCAGAGGUAGUGUAUGCAGCACUGGGCUCCUCUGUCACCCUGCCUUGUAUCUUCUCAAAGGAAUACCUCUUACAAACUGCACACUGGGAGAAAGUUUCAGAAACAUACAAUCAGCCUGCCGAUCUUCCGUUAUUUUUCAACGUUUCUGACAGUUUCGGUGUUUCUCAGCACCCCACGGGGCAAGUGGACAGAUCAUUAUUCAUUCAGAGUGUGCAGGAUGGAGACAACGGCACAUACAGGUGUUCAAGUCAGGUGAAGGAAAACGGCCAGCAUGGGAAAGUGGAGAGGAACAUUAAGCUGGUCACUGCUCAGAUUCUGACCUCAAAAAGAAAUGGCAAUACGGUGCUGACCUGUCGAAUUAGCAACACCAGCCAGGUCACCGGUUAUGAGUGGAUCUAUGUGGAAUAUGGUGAAAAUUAUACACAGACAUUCACCUCUGUCCAAAAGUCAACAUCGAAUGUGCUGAAAGUGCCAAAAGACAAGCACCUAGGACUAGGAGAAUGGAUGUGCAGUUUCUAUAACCAGAAUCAGCUUCUAGGAAAUGUAACUUACCACCUGCAAAUGAUGAGUGGUUUGGAAGGACAGCAAAAAUCUACAAGUGGAACCAAAGUAGCCACCAUCAUAGGAAUGUGCUUCCUGUUCUUAUUGUUGGCACUAAUUUUGAUUCAGCUGUACAAAAACCAUCGAAGGAGAAAAAUGGUCUUACAGUAUCCAGCUAUGGAGACAAUUGUCCACCUUGCUGCUAAUGAGCGAGAAUUUAGAGAACGAGCCAAAGUGAGAGAGAAAACCCAGAAAGCUGCAUGUGGUGAAAAUCUAAAAUCGUCAAUCGUGUAAAAUUGUGUAAUUGUGAGAACAAUGUUACAGAAAAACUGUAAUUUGUCAUUUACGUGUUUUUGCCUAUAUUGUGUGUGCAAAGGGGGGGAAGGGAGUGUGUGUGUGUGUGUGUGUGUGUGUGAGAGAGAGAGA